AUGGCAAGCGUGAAUCGAGGACUCAUCGCCAUCACAGGCGCAAAUGGCACAAUCGGAUACGCAUGCGUUCUAUAUGCGCUCCAAACUGGAUAUCGCGUGCGCUGCAUCGUCCGUCGCGAAGAAGCUAUCCAAGCCAUCAAGUCUGGGCCUUCGAUGCAAGAGUAUCUAUCUCACUUGGAAUAUGCUGUUGUGCCGGACAAUACCGUAGAGGGGGCGUAUGAUUGCGCUCUGGCAGGUGUCUGGUACGUUGUGCAUGUUGCGGGAGCGUGGCCUCUGCCGAACUUACAUCCAGACGAUGACAUAUACCACCCCUUCAUGGAGUCCAUGAAACUCAUUCUGCAGGCUGCUGAGAAAUCAGGGACGGUGAGACGUAUGGUGUUCACACAAGCCGGCGCCGGGCUAGUCAAUUCGGAAGACGGGGAUACGCUGGGGGUUCGAAUGGAUGAGUUACUGGACGAACACGUCCAGGUCAAUCGGGAAUCACUUGCCUUCCAGCCUCCCCUUAAGUCUGCCCAUAAUGCCUACUGCUCGGCAAAAGCUCAAUGCAUGGCUUAUCUCAAUAACUUGCGCCUCGACCAGAGCACUCCAUUCUCCAUCGUCCAAAUCAUUCCCGGUACUGUGAUCGGACCCUCCGAGUUCGCUACUACAGCGUCUCAGGCUUUUGCACAUCUUGACCGGCAGAGCAAAGCGCUGCUGUUCGACGAGGCCAAGCCACGGUAUGCAUUUGGAUUUGUACAUGUACGGGAUUGCGCGAGGGUGCAUGUCGAAGCUUUGGAUGAGGAGAGAGUCAAAGCUGAGGAUGUCCCACCGUGGUUUGUCGCCGGCGCAACUACACCAGCGGGCUACGACGGGGUGAGGUUGUGGGAGCAAGUAGCGGAUGGUUUGGAGGAAGAGCUCGAGAAGGAAAUGGCAGAGGGUAUGUUCAAGAUCGGGAGGAAUAAGGUGCCGGUCAAUAUGCCGUUUCGAGUGAACUCGAAACUCACGGAAGAAACGCUGUUCGAUGGUGGGGAAUUCAAGGGAUUGGCGGACUGUGUCAAAGAGGUUGGACAUUGGUAUGCAGGCCUGAAGGAGACAACGUGAACUCGCUGUGAGGGAAGUUAUGGGUCACGCUUGAGAAUAUCAGAGAAGAUAUAUAAAGGCGCGUGGACCAUCUACAGGAAGAGACACAUAACGGGAAAGACUACGAAGCCUAUAGCGCGAAACAU